AGACGGCGCUCCGGAUGUUGUUAGGUGAGGAGGCAAAAAUAACUCUGGCAGGAGUUUAAGUGUGGCCAAGCCCCCACAUUGCAGCUGGCUCCGUCAGUCCAAGGCCAAAACAAGAUGGCGGAACUCAGGAGCUGGUGUUUCAUUUUAGCAGUGUUUGCUGCCAGCUUGUAUGGGAUCAGUGCAGAAAUCAAAUUUACCACUCCUGUGGGGAGGCUGUUUACAUACGAGGUGAUGAGAGAGAAAUUCCAGAAUGACUUUGAGACGUCAUCAAAACUCUACACUGGGGUUCUACACGAUGACCCCAUGGUUUUUAAGUGCAAGAAGCAGGGGUUUCCUGACCUCCCCGAGUGGCUGCGCUUCAUCCAAAGGCAUCCCUUUGAUAAUGGCUUCCUGUACGGCACGCCAAUGUCUCCAGGAAAAUAUUUCAUUGAGAUUUAUGCAAUCAACAAAAUCAGCUAUGAUGCAGCCAGAGAGCUUCUUGUCAUCAAAGUUGUUUCAGAAAAGAUGCUGCCCUAUCAAGCAGAGUUCUUCAUCCAGCUGAGAGAAGUUGAGAAGGUGCUGCCCUCUUCUGUUCAAAUUGAGAUAAAGCAGGAUCUGCAGAAGCUGUGGAACAAUGAGGCCUUGGAAAUGAUCAACAUAAGCAAUGCCCUGGAUCGUGGAGGCAGAGUUCCUCUGCCUCUUGCAGGACAUUAUGAAGGGGUGUAUGUAAAGGUGGGGUCCAAGAAGUACUUCUCCAAGUGUUUGCAGAGGGUGAUGUCACCAGAGUACCAAAGGGAGUGUGCAACAGAGGCUAAAGUGAAGAUACCUGGAGAAUGCACCUUCUGCAAAAUCCCCAGUAACUGCAUCACCUGGUGCAAGACGGAGCUGUUUGAUCUGACAAAGCUGGAGCCGGAGCCGCCUGCUCCAACGAUGGGCUCUGGGAUCCUAGAGGACGGGGGUUACUUUGACCCCCCAGAGUCUCCCCCAAGCAGAGACUAUUUCCCAGAUUACAUGGUGACGGUGAUUGUUCCCCUGAUCAUUGCCAUCGUUCUAUUUCUGCUGCUGCUCUCCAUCAUGUAUGGCAGGCGUGAGGGACUUGCCAAAAGGAAUGCAAAAACAAACAACAUUCAGCUGUACCAUCACCAAACCAUCCAUGGGAACACUGAGGAGCUGCGCAGCAUGGCCUCCCAGCGGGGGGUCCCCGCCCCUCUGUCCACGCUGCCCAUGUUCAACAGCCGAACCGGAGAGAGGGCUUCACCGCUGCAGUCAGACAGCAUCCCUCUCAUCAUGGCCCAACAGGAACCCUACAGCGACACGCUGCCCAGGAAGUGAAAUGCUGAUGGCGAAGAUCAGUUUUGCUGCAUGUACGUUUUCAGUUUCGG